AUGCCCACAGGGAUGCUGGCCGCCUGGGAGCACAUGGUGGUACUCCAGGCUGAUAACGGCGGCACCUCCUCAAGCAGCAACGUGAUAGAUCGCAACACCUCCUCCCCACGCAGCAACGUGAUAGAUCGCUACACCUCCUCCCAAUGCAACAACGUGAUAGAUCACAACACCUCCUCCCCACGCAGCAACGUGAUAGAUCGCUACACCUCCUCCCCACGCAGCAACGUGAUAGAUCGCAACACCUCCUCCCCAUGCAGCAACGUGAUAGAUCGCUACACCUCCUCCCCACGCAGCAACGUGAUAGAUCACAACACCUCCUCCCCACGCAGCAACGUGAUAGAUCGCUACACCUCCUCCCCACGCAGCAACGUGAUAGAUCACAACACCUCCCCACGCAGCAACGUGAUAGAUCGCUACACCUCCUCCCCACGCAGCAACGUGAUAGAUCGCUACACCUCCUCCCCACGCAGCAACGUGAUAGAUCGCAACACCUCCUCCCCAUGCAGCAACGUGAUAGAUCGCAACACCUCCUCCCCACGCAGCAACGUGAUAGAUCGCAACACCUCCUCCCCACACAGCAACGUGAUAGAUCACUACACCUCCUCCCCACACAGCCACGUGAUAGAUCGCUACACCUCCUCCCCACACAGCCACAGGAAACCUGUCAACGUUACAGCUGUCAACGUUACAGCUAUCAACGCUACACCUGUCAGCGUUACAGCUGUCAACGUUACAGCUGUCAACGUUACACCUGUCAGCGUUACAGCUGUCAACGUUACAGCUAUCAACGUUACAGCUGUCAACGUUACAGCUGUCAACGUUACACCUGUCAACGUUACAGCUGUCAACGUUACAGCUGUCAACGUUACACCUGUCAACGUUACAGCUGUCAACGUUACAGCUGUCAACGUUACACCUGUCAACGUUACAGCUAUCAACGUUACAGCUGUCAACGUUACACCUGUCAACGUUACAGCUAUCAACGUUACAGCUGUCAACGUUACACCUGUCAGCGUUACAGCUGUCAACGUUACAGCUAUCAACGUUACAGCUGUCAACGUUACACCUGUCAGCGUUACAGCUGUCAACGUUACAGCUAUCAACGUUACAGCUGUCAACGUUACACCUGUCAGCGUUACAGCUAUCAACGUUACAGCUGUCAACGUUACAGCUAUCAACGUUACAGCUGUCAACGUUACAGCUGUCAACGUUACCUGUGUCAGUAUUAGCUGA